CCUAUCCCCUAGUCCCUCUGUCUGACCCCUGACCUGGUGGAGAGUAAAUAAGCGCAGCUGCUUCGUUCUGCUCUGAUUUUUGCUCUGGUAGAAAAACAGGAUGAAGCUCUGUGCCGAUCAGUAAAGCCUGAUGGAGAUCGUUGAGUUGCGGCAGUGAUGCUGUAAGCUGUGAGGUGGACGGUGGGGGAUGUUGCGCUGGACGGUGCACCUGGAGGGCGGCCCGCGCAGGGUGAAUCACGCCGCCGUCGCCGUGGGCCACAAGGUCUACUCGUUCGGCGGUUACUGCUCCGGGGAGGAUUACGAAACCUUUCGGCAGAUCGACGUUCACGUCUUCAACACAGUGUCUCUGCGGUGGAUGAAACUGCCUCCAGUGAGAACUGGAGGGAGAGAACAUGCACGGGAAGUUCCCUACAUGCGCUACGGUCACACGGCUGUGCUGGUGGACGAUACCAUCUACAUCUGGGGGGGCAGGAAUGACACGGAGGGGGCCUGCAAUGUGCUGUACGCCUUCGACGUCAAUAAUCACCGAUGGUACACACCCAAGAUCUCAGGGACAGUUCCUGGAGCGAGAGACGGUCACUCUGCCUGCGUUCUGGGAAAAGCCAUGUACAUCUUCGGAGGAUAUGAACAACUGGCCGACUGUUUUUCCAACGACAUACACAAGCUGGACACCACCACCAUGUGCUGGUCCUUAAUCAACGCUACAGGUACUCCAGCACGUUGGAGAGAUUUCCACUCUGCAACCAUCAUUGGGACGAAGAUGUUUGUGUUUGGCGGACGGGCGGAUCGGUUCGGCCCGUUUCACUCCAACAACGAGAUCUACUGCAACAAGAUCAAAGUGUUCGACACGGAAACAAACAGCUGGCUGAACACCCCCUCAACACCCCUCCUACCCGAGGGGAGACGCAGUCACUCCGCCUUUGCAUACAAUGGAGAACUCUACAUAUUUGGAGGCUAUAACGCUCGACUGGACCGCCACUUUAAUGACCUGUGGAAAUUUAAUCCAGGUGAAUUUAUCUGCCCCUGUGUGUGUUGCAGUCCGUGUCCGGAGCAGGGAAUGGGGGACGAGUUUAAUCUGAUGGAUCAUUCGGAUCUCUACAUCCUCGACUUCAGUCCUGAUCUGAAGACUCUGUGUAAGAUUGCGGUGAUCCAGUUCAGUCUGGAUCAGUCAGGACUUCCUCACGACAUCCGGUGGGAACUGGCUGCCAUGACGACCAACAGCAACAUCAGUCGGCCCAUCUUCUCCUCUCAUGGCUAAAGACGGGAAAGAUCAGUCAGAACCAGAACAGAACCUGGUGGUUCUGCUGCUAAGGGAUGAUGCUCUGACAAGUGAAGAAGAUUUCUCAGACUUUCUCUGGAUCCUGUGAUCUUCUGACUACGUUUAAACUCUAACCCUCCUCCUUCUGUGGACAUGGUUUCUCCUGCUUAUGAAAUAUUGCACAUUCACUGUUUUUGAUGACAGACUGCAGUAGUUCCUUGGUGAAGAACCUGGAUCUCCAGACAUUAGUCAUUUUAGAUAUUCAGUGGUGUUACAAGUUACUGUGACUUCUUUUAAGGUUUUUCAGAAACUUUACAAUCAGGUUUCUCAUCUUCUUUAUAAUCAAGUCUCCAUCUUCAGUGGCACCUUCAGGCAGAGUUGAGGUUUCUACUGUGAUGGACCAGGUUAUACACCUUUCUCAGAGCAGAAAAGAUCAAAGAUCAUCAAAAUCACCUGAAGAACAAGUGCCCAGAGCGCCUCAUCAGUAUCUGUCCUGCAUUUUUAGAAGUUGGACCUCUUAAUGAUGUGAACUGACCGGUCAGCAGCGAGUGGGCCACUUUCUGACCGCGUCUUUCUGGCUGUUACACCACAGGAACGGGGUGGGGGGUGUUUGAGUGUCUGUUGCUGAAAAACGCUGUUAAAGAUAAAGAACAACGUGAUUCAUCUUUGCUCUGUAUUUGGGUUUCUGUUCUGCUCCAUUUCCUGGCUGUUCUGAAGUUCAGCUCUGAUCAGAAGUUCAUUUCCUCCUAAAUCUGAUGGUGCCAAAUACAGACCGUGUGUGUGUGUGUGUGUGUGUGUGUGUGUGUGUGUGUAUUUACCACGUAUAAACACUUGGCUGUGUUCAGUGCUCUACUCAUCCGGCCCGGCUGUACGGACACACUAAACCUUUUACAGAAUGUCCUGCAGUUACACCGUCACGCACCGUUAGCAUCCUCACAACGAGCCAGAGAACUCCGUUCACCUUUAGAAUCUAUUUUAUGGCGGAAAUUCAAACAAAAUAAAAUUUUUCUGUUCCAGAGAUGAAGAGUCGUUUCUGUACUGAACUGACUGAGUGUUAUUUAUGGACAGCAGAAUGAGUUUAAUCAGAUAAUCGGAACGUAAUUCUGCAUUGGAGUGGGUGUGGCCUUUUUUACUCAUGACUAAGCUUAUUUUAUAUAUGAAAAAUACUGAAUGGUAAUGGUUUUGAUGAUUAAUAAAGAGGAAAAAUGCUGCUUAA